AUGGAACAUAUCAAGAAUGUUGAUCGACAGCAGAGCAGUGUGACUCAGGCUGUGUCGGCUGUGUCGACUCCACUUACUGACACUUCGUCUCUAUCAGAGCUUCCAGAAACCCCCUCUUCGGGUGUGGGCAGUGUGAGCUUUGAUGGCCCAGGUGUUGCAGACGUGGAUGAAGACUCUGCAGGCGAGUACCGAAGCGACAACAACAACAACAACACAUACGAUGACCAGAAAGAGGCCGAACACAAUCUGAAGCAUAUUAAAAUCACAUGCGCAAAAGGUCGCCUUGGAGGCACUAUCAGUGACAACGUAUAUGCUUGUCCACGCUGCAAAUCUCAUAUGUCUAAGAAGUAUUCUACAGAGCGUCACAUCAAAGACUCCUGCUGGAAAGUCUGCGACGAGUGCUGCGAAUCCAACAAUGCUACGUGCGACGCUUUCUACGUCAAAGGCGCAUGCAAACGUUGUGUGAAGCAGGGAUUGAAUUGCACCAAACAUACAGAACCAGUGUCAGAUUGUGUUCCUGAAUUGCUUACAGGUGUACAUCCGCAGCCAUACAAGUCAACUCCAAGGGCUACCCGUGCCGGUACAACUUCGAAGCAAGAUAGAGGCAAACGCAAAGCCCCCCAGUCGCCAAGCGCUAGCCCAAACUCCAAACCUGUCGUCAAACGUGCAGCAGCUGCUGCUGACAGGGAAGAGAGGCGAGCAAUCUUCGGUCCGGAUGAUAACGCCCUACGUCCAGAUCCAUUGGACAAGUCGCAGUUCACUGCAGACGAGAAUCUCCAGGAACGGAAACGUGCUGAGGAGAAGGUUUCGGUAACUAACAAUCAUGUUCAGAAUGAUCAAGAUUUACGAUAUUACGUUCCAACCGCACCGCCAUCUCGACAAACAAUCAUGCCCCAGCGCAGGCAACAAGGUCAAGGACUGUCACAGUCGUCAUUGCCUUCGGGCAUGCUACGCUUGACGCCCGGUCAGCAACACGAUGGUCGCGAUGUCGUGACUGUCGAUGAAGCUCUACGUCGUUGGCCACGAACACACAAUAGUGCCGGUCGUAUGUUUUAUAUCGUGGAUGGGAAUGGAGAGGUCCUGAAUCAGUCCAUGAUUGAGGGUAACGAGCUCCUCCAGAACGUACACCGUCAACAAGCACGUAUUGAGGUAUGGGCAGCUCGGUAUGAUGACGCAUUUCGUGUAAACCAGGUGCCUCCACCAGUUGAUCCAGUAUUCCCACAACAGAACGCUCGUCGCACUAGUUUCAACGAGGCACAUCCCCCAGUGUCUCGCCUGAACCGCUUCCGCCCUGCCCAAUCGGCCAACUUCAAGAUCUAUGAAGAUGCUGCUCGUCGAAAGCUGCAAUCAAAAGACUUUGUUGCCAGUGCGCCAGGAUCUCGUAUGCCGUCUCGUCAGUCAUCGCCUCAACCAUCCCCACAUCUAGGCGCGCCGGCACGUCUGCCGUCAUCUGAGCAGUCUCGAGGAAUGAAUCUGGUGUCUCAGACUACGGAGGGACACGUUGGUCGGGAGAUCACUCGGCCCAUCUCCCUGCAACUCUCGACGCCUAUGAUAGCUGACGAGAACGAUCCCGUUCUAAGGCUUCGCAUCCACAGCAACACGUACGAUAUCAACAACACCCCCAUCUUCUCCAUCCUCACGAUUCGCGCAUCACGAAAGUUCGGCCCUCAUCUAGACGCCUAUUGUCGACAGCGAAACAAACAGUACGGGGUAGAUUGGGCGUUCAUCUACCGAUAUGCUCUGUGUGGGCCUCGGGAUGCGAAACGCGAACGUUAUAUCAACAUUGACUACGACAUGACUCCAAACGACGUCCAAGACACCGAGCGCCCCGAAAUCAAACUCCGUGACAUGGACACCCUCGUGGUCAUGAAAGCAAAGUCCCGCAUGGUAGUCAUGUUCGAGAGUAGUCAUGAUGGAAUAGAGAUUCCACAAUCGCCUAUCGGCUCACAAGUCUCUGAAGAACAAGUCGAUAUCAUCAACGGAGAGACUUCGGUCUAUCAGAACGCUGGCACCAUCGCAAACUGGCACCGCCUUGUUGAUACUAAGAUGGUGGAGUUACGUGGUAAGAUUAUCGGCCUCAGUCAGGAAAAUCAGCUUCAGAAGACAAUUAUAGCGCAGCAAACCGAGAUGCUCCAUGAUUUGGUCAAGCGCAACAAUGAUCUGAUACAGGGUAACUAUGGCCGUGUUACUCGCCGUGUUGGACACGUUCUCCCUUCUACUGCUCAACGCACUGCUAGUCUCGGUACUGUCUCUCAACGUGGUCCAGCAGUCCAGCAUAGCCCUUUUCUAGAUCGCCUAGAAGCUGUUCGCCAACCUACCGAGCAUAUCACAUCGAAGAAACCAAACCAGCAAUACCGCUUCCCAACAUCUGCUCAUGGAAUGCAAGGUCGUUAUCCUAUGUAUCAUAGUGGCACACUCAAGACAUCACCAGAUCUCCAGGAAAGCGGUGUACCUAAGAUGCGUCCUGCGCAGUUUGCUGCUCAUGGUUCAACUCCUCUACUUCAAGGCCCCAACGGCGGCGACGAUGGCUGGAACAUGGACAAAGCUACAUGA